GUGUGGCACAAUCGGAUGAUUCCGGUGGGCGGAGCCUCGCAGGAGGAAAUGGUGCUGUUGGCUCAUUGCUCUUUAGGAAACCGGCGACGACGAGCAUCCGCAGCCCACCGGUCUGUCCACACGGUCCCCGUCCCUUCAGUCCGACCUCAAAGCUCCAGCUUGAACCGGGAUCAUUUUGCCAAACAAAGUCUGAAAACACAUCCCCGGUUCGUCACAAUCACGCAGCUCUUGCAUGCUUCGCUUUGGACAGACAUCUGUGAAGAACUCGGGAGUUUACGGUUUCAGAGAAGCUGCCGCAGGAUGGAAACGCAGAUACAUGUGCCUGUCGGUUCGCCGGUUAUCAGAAAAAUUCCCGUGUUCGUAGACGAGCACAGCGUGAAAGAAGGGGCCAUGAAGCUCAUUAAAGAGUUGAGACCGGCGUGGGAGCCUGACAGCGUCAGAACCAAGUCCUUCACCGAUGGGACCACCAACAAGCUGGUUGGUUGCUACGUGGACGACAGCCCCGACGACGUGGUCCUCGUCCGAGUGUACGGCAACAAGACGGAGCUGAUCGUGGACAGAGACAACGAGCUCAAGAGCUUCCAGGUGCUGCACGCUAACGGCUGCGCCCCGCGCCUCUACUGCACCUUCCAGAACGGAAUCUGCUACGAGUUCAUGCAGGGGGACGCUCUGGGGCCGCAGGACGUCCGGGACCCCACCCUGAUCCGGCUGAUAUCCAGGGAGAUGGCUCGGAUCCACGCCAUCCAUGCUCACAACGGCUGCAUCCCCAAGCCCAACCUGUGGAUCAAGAUGAGGCAGUACUUCUCCCUGGUGGCCACAGAGUUCACCGAUCAGGCCUCAAACAUCAGAAUCCAGCAGGAGGUUCCGAGCAAGGCGGUGCUGGAGCAGGAGAUGGUGUGGAUGAAGGAACAUCUGUCCACGCUGGGCUCCCCUGUGGUGCUCUGCCACAACGACCUGCUCUGCAAGAACAUCAUCCACAACAGCAAGGAGGGUCACGUUCGCUUCAUAGACUACGAAUACUCCAGUUACAACUACCAGGCCUUCGACAUCGGCAACCACUUCAACGAAUUUGCAGGCAUGGCUGAGCUGGACUACGGUCUCUACCCGAGUCCUCAGAUGCAGAUGGACUGGCUGAAGCAGUACCUGCAGGCCUACAAGCUGUUCACUAAGAACACCGACCAGGUCAGCCAGCGGGAGCUGGAGACGCUCUAUGUUCAGGUCAACAAGUUUGCUCUGGCUUCCCACUUCUUCUGGGGAUUCUGGGCUCUCAUCCAAGCCAAAUACUCCACCAUCGACUUUGACUUCCUCGGGUACGCUGUUCUUCGUUUCAACCAGUACUUCCACAUCAAACCCACAGUGAUGGCGCUGCAGAUCCCAGAGUGAGAGGAGGUCCAAAGUUGGGUCGGGUCGGUUCUGUCAACCUGCUGCUAGUGGGCGGAGCCUCUCACAGCGCCAGGCAGCUUUCGUCUUAAUCAAGCCCAAUUACUCUCCUGCAAACUUACCUCAGCAUCCGUCACCAGUUUGACUGCAGAAUGACUGAAGCUCCAUGCCAUUGAUUGAUUUCUUCAUGUUGGGGUCAGAGGUGAUGACCUCUGAGCCAGACUGAGGCUCGCAUCGCAGCGUUCCCCCUGUCCGGAUCAUUCCUCCUCCUGCUCCUGCUCCUCCUCCUCAGGUUUGGUGCCAGCAGCUCCCGGGCCUCGGCUCGACCCACAUGUCAAUCUGUUUGUCUGGAUCACUCGGUGAGGAAGAGGAGCUGGACGUUUAGUCUCUUCAUUCUCAGUUAUUCUUCAGCUUCUUGGCUUUUAUGGCUGCAGCGACUCGCUCUGUUGGCUUUCCAUUUCAGCUUUCCAGACAUGUUGGAAAAUCCCGACCUUUGACCCCCAGCCCCUCUGUGUCUGCUCUCUCUCUCUCCUCAUGUUUCAGCCCUCUGCUUCCUUCAGCCUCUCACUCCCUCCUGCUUCCUACAUCUGGAGCCAUACUGGAUUUUACUGUAACACGUUGGACACUGAGUCGUUCAAGGUCACUGUCAGUUCUGACAAAAUGAAUCUUUAAACCUGAUUUUAGAAAUGCAAGUUAAUCAUAACUAUCAAUAUUUCAGGGUGCACUGAUUGCAGUUUUUUGGCUGGUCACCAAUAUUCCAGUUUUGUCCUGUGUCACUUUCUUUUCUCUGAAAAGUGGCUGAAUGUCUCUCCAGAUGUUACCAACAGUGGCUGAGUGUUAUUAAGCGACAUGAUUCAUAGAACCUGUUUAUAGAAAUGCAUCUUAACGAUGUCUAUAGAAACAUGUCGGGGCACAGAUUGCACUUUUUGACCAGUCAGCGAUUUCUGUUCUUUCUCUUUCAAGCUGAUUUUGGCAGACAUCAAUUUUUAUUUAUUUAUUUAUUUAUUGUUCUUGGCCUGAAGAGUUGCUAUUUGGAGCAUCAAAGGUUGCCAACUGUGGUUAUUGCUACCAUCAAAGUCCAGCUUCAGGUACAACCGUCCAUGUCCAGCCGUGACCCGGUGAGCCGGUCAGUCACUCAGGUCACCAGGUCAUGCAGAGCAAAGUGGGACAGGCUGAUGUCCAGACCUUUGCAGAUGCCCAUAAGCAAAAACGUGGGAAAUCUGAGCCAAUUCCUCAGUGCAUCCCUAUAAAAAUGAAUACAAAAACCAAAAUAAAAAGUCUGUGAAGAACGUGUAAAAAAGUCUCUCCUGUUGGUUGACGUGUUCAGAGCCUGAAGAUGGAAGGAUAUUCAGUCAAAUUGUCUGGCUGUGGGAUUGGAUGCGUCUCUGUACAACUCAUCCUCAAAACACUCCAUGCUGGUUUAUCUAAAAACAAACGCAGAAGGUGCCUAAAUGAGGAUCAUCUUGUCAUAAUUUACUUUCUCUUACUUGAAACUACCAGAAGACUCCAUUUCAGACCACAAACAGAAUCAUAAUAACAUUGACUUCAUAAAACUGGCUCAGCCUUUCUCUCUGUUCUGUCUUGUCAUUUUGAGCCACUUCUUCACAUUCCAACGUGACUGUAUGACGUCUGUGUGUAGUUCAGUACAGCCCCCACAGGGGGAGCCGCUGAGCGCGACCUUUGUCCUUCAUUGCUGGUGUCGCGCAGCGGCAGGGUUGAAUAAUUGAGCAGACGCUCUGAUGAGCUGCAGGGAGAAAGUGGAGGAGCCGUCCGUCUCUAAAGCCAAACCCUGUCGCCUCUGACGGCGAAUCCUCCUUAGAAGCUGCUGUGAUCACCAGGCCACAGAGCAGCUCGCGUACAUUUUCAGACUGAAUUAGUGAAGCAAGCACUUCCAUGCACAAACACAGCUCGGCCUGCGGGGAAGGCGCAUUUGCACUGUAGAAACGCUCCGAAUUGACCUCUGACCUCGAGCCGACCUCACCUGCUAACAGGCAGGUGAGGUCAGAGGAAACGCUGCAGACGGAUUCUGCCCAGAGCCGAGGCUCUGUGUUUGGACCACUGAGGUUUCUCUUUUGUCAUCAGUUUUUCCAGAUGAACUGGUUGCAGAGCAGAAUUAGCAUUAAAACAUUCCUGCACAUUAAUUUCCCACAAACCUGUGAAAGCAGUUUAUUUAUGGAGUUAAGCUGGUGUUAAAUUUCCCACCUUUUCAUCGUGUUCUUUAAUUACAUCAGUGGCAGUCUAGCUUUAAACUGCAAUUUAUUUAAGGUUGCAUUAUUUCCGAGUGAAUGUACUAAUGUAUUUUAAAAGACACUGCUGAGUUUAUUUUUUAUUUUAAUUUCCUUUUUGUAAAGCAUUGAGCAGACGCGUGGGGCUGUGUGUGGAAGGAGCCAGUUUGGCUUGCAGACGGGAAUUUGUAAAUGUGUGGCUAACGGAGGAUGUAAAUACUGUAAUAAAUCUUGUGAAAAGUUUACUGUACAGUGAUCGUUCAUAGCCUGUAGGAGUGAAAAGAAUUAUUUAAAUGACUGUCAGGAAAUAUUUCAAUUAAAGACUAAAUUGAUUUUAAAAGGA